AUGGAGAUCCAGUAUACGCCCCUCAACACAUAUCAGUCUGAGAUCAGGCUUCUCACAGUCGACCCCGGAAAGCCCAGGGACGAGCUGCGCUGCUCGCUAUCCGUCGUGUCAUUGAACUCGAAUCCCAGAUAUGAGGCCCUUUCCUACGUCUGGGGCGAUACGUCCAUCACAGCCGCUAUUAUAGUCGAUGGAGUCUCGCACCCAGUCACUGCGAACUUGAAAUAUGCACUCUGCGCUCUGCGGGGGCUUUCGAAACCGCGAAUCGUCUGGGUGGAUGCGAUCUGCAUCAAUAAGGAAGAUCUCCUCGAGAAGAACAAUCAGAUCCCGCUCAUGGCAAGAAUCUACUCAGCCGCCUUCAACGUCGUCGUGUCUAUUGGGCCGGGUAGCCCAAGCCUGGACUAUUUCGCGGACUGGGCGCAUGUCUACCUUUCAAAGAGACCCUUCUCAUUCCGCUGGAUCCAAAGGAACGUGCUUCCAGGACUCACCCCUACAGCGCGGGCGCAGAAGCGGAUACGGGACGCCAAGUUUGUGCGAUCAGAGGUCACAUUCUGGAAGCAUCAGUACUUUCGGCGCAUGUGGACGGUCCAGGAGCUUGCCUUGGCUAAUAAAACGCCCAUAGUUUUGAUCGGGCAGAAGGCAGUUCUUCUCACGAGAGCCAACGACGACUGGGUAUCGCUGCUUGAAGACUGCGAAGGUGCUUAUACCAAAGCCGUCGAGAGUCGAUUUGUUGGCCGCAAGUCCAAAGAGGAGUUUAAGAAUAUCCUGGAACAGGUUCAUGCUAUGAUGGAUCCGCCGGCGCACCAAGGAGGCACCAUCACGGCUUCUCCUCGCCUGGUUCAGAUAUUCCCUCAGCAGCUAUCUGCCACGGCGCACCGGGAGUGUUUUGAUCCCCGAGACAGGAUCUUCGCGCUGUACCCUUUAUUUCCUGAGCUCCAGGCAGCCUACCCCGCCGAUUAUCGAAAGCCGCCUGAGCAGGUUCUCAUGGAUACAUUGACCUAUAUACUGGAGCAUCACCCCCUGUUCUUCUCCAUCAUCCACAUAUGGCCGUUGCGACCGCACAGGCUGGAGGAUGAAAGCCAUCCCACCUGGCUGCCUGACAUCACUGGGCGCCAGCCUGAUGGUUUCACAGGCUCGGGGUUUUAUGAAGGUGCCCGGCAUGUCCGAUCGAGGCCGGUCAUCAAGAACAACAUUCUGUUUCUUGAUGCAUGGAUGGUCGGCAAAUGCAAAGUCGUGCUCCGUUUCGACGACAGCGCAACGAAGAACUUGCAAACAAUACUCCAAUAUCUUGACGGAGAAAUGGAAGCAUCACUCGAAUAUGAGUCUUGGGGUAUAAGAGAGCUGGGUGGGACGAAGAUUCACCGGCGCGUAGCUUACGCCUGCUACUAUCACGAUCAUGUUGGGCCGCCGGAAUUUCCGGAAGAGAAAUAUCGCCAGAUACAGGCAGAACUUGAGGCUUGUGGCUCGAAUGAUCUCCCAUGGCAGCGCCUCCCCAAGUCGCUGCAAAUUCUCAGGGAGAAGGCAGAGCGCCUGGCCGGCAAGGCCCUCUUUGUCACCCGCUCCGGCCUCUUCGGGAUCUGCUCGGACAUGAUUGAGGACGGAGACUACCUGUUUGUCUCGCCCUCUCUCCAUCAACCGAUGCCGCUUCGGAUCCGAGGUGAGUAUUGCGAUGGGAACGAUAUGCGAUAUGCGAGGCUUGUUGAUUUUGCCUUUGUCGACGGUCUGGUUGGGGAUAGCAAGCAUGAAGAUGUGCUGAAAUUGGUCGAGUCGCAGAAGCUUACAAGACUGCGUAUUGGAUGA